AUGAUCUAUUUUUGUAACAUACCACAAACAAUUAUGAUAACGAAAUUAUGGGGCGAUUUGAAUGCAGUUAUUAAAAUUUUAACAGUUUGCAAUAUUUCAGGAAGUAUUGCAGUAUGCAAACUUAUCAGCUUCUGGUAUCAAAGAAAUGAAAACGAUUACAAUCUUUUAUUGGAUAACAACAUAUCUAAGACUUUUAGACCACUUCUCGUAAAUGGUUACUUUUCAUAUGAUGUUCAAAGUAGUCCAUAUUAUGAAAUAAUCUUUAUAUGUCAAUUUUUCUCAAUCUUAUUUGCGGCUACGGCUUAUUCAUCCGUUGAUGCAUUUUUUGCUGUACUCAUAUUCCACUUAUGUGGUCAAUUGACGAAUUUGAAAAAUCAUCUUAUAAGGCUUCCAAAAGAAACAUCUACUGAUAGAAAUGAUACAUUCUUAAAAACAUUAUCAAUAAUUGUCCUGAAGCAUGAAUAUCUUGAAAGAUUUGCAAAUACAAUAGAAGAUUCCUUCAAUCUAAUGUUUCUCUUACAAAUGAUAAUGUCUUCCUUCGUACUUUGUCUUCAGGGUUAUCAACUUAUUAUGAUAACAACUGAUAGUACAAUUUCAAUAAUCGAUUUGAUAUUUAUGAUAUAUUUUACACUCUGCGUUAGCUUCAGUCUUUUUCUGUACUGUUAUCUUGCAGAAAUUUUAAAAAAUAAGUCUUUAGAAAUAGGAGAUGCAGUGUAUGAAAGUGAUUGGUAUCAUUUACCAUAUUUUAAAUCAAAAGAUUUACUUCUACUAAUGGUACGGGCAAAACAACCAUUUAAAAUUACAGCGGGAAAAUUUACGAGAAUGAUGUUUCACGUUUGGGAUAAUUUCCAAGUACUUAUGGAAAUUCUAACGUCAGCUAAUUUACUGACAAUACUAGCUUGCGUUAGGCUAUUUGGACUCUGGUAUUAUAAAGAAGGUAUAUUCCAAGGCUAA